CGGCUCGCUCCGGCCGGCCUUCGAGACCCACUCAGUCCGCUAGCGAUGCACGUCGCGCGCGCAUUGUCCUCCUGACCGGCGACGACUCCUCUGCCUCGUCUUUGCCUUCGCUCGUCAACACAGGCCAGCGACCAUGCUAAACGUUCUUCGCCUUCUCCUCGUCGCUGCAACGCUCAGUGCGGUCUUUGCUAGACAUGCACGAGAGCCUUUAUGGAACGAAACAAUAGUAGGCGAAAGCAUAAAUUUGCCAAAAACAAAAUCAAUUGGUCCCUGGAGCGAAAUUCUUGAGGACUGGCUCACUUCUACGGGCGAUAACUACUGCUGCCGAAGUUCACGAGUGAUGAAACUUGGCGACACAACUCUCAAAGUGUCGCCGACCAACAAAGGUUCUCCGCCCAACAAGAGGGACGUCUCCGAAACUGAUCUCUAUCUACUCGGAGCGAUCGAAAAACUAGUUUACCGAGUGGAUUUCUUGGAGAAGCGCUUGAAAAGAGCCGAAGAGCUCAUAUACUACGUCAUUGCGGGUAACAACAAAUCCAAAGAGCCAUGUCCGGAUAAUUACACGAGGGUGGGGCAGUUUUGCUACCACUUCAGUGUUCGCGAAUACGAUUGGAAGUCAUCGGCGAGUCUGUGCCGUGGAAUGGGCGGAAAUCUCGUCGAAUUCGAAACCGUCGAGGAAAAUCAAGAUGUUGUGGCAUUCUUGCAAAGCGACAAGAAGGUCAAGAACAAAAGCUACUGGACGGGCGGACUGAAUCCAGGUCUCUUGUGGAUUUGGGCCGCAAGCGCGAGACCAGUUCAGCACGACACCAAGCAAAAUGUCGUCGGCGACGGAAGGUGCCUCAAGCUUGAGUACAACCCUGUCUCGAGGAUAUUUCUGUACAGGGGGGAAGACUGUGGAUCGCGGCAGAGAUAUAUUUGUGAAUUGUCAGAGGACGACGAGUCAGCCAAUAAAAUUGAUCGAAUAGCUCGGAAAGUCUUGAUUGCUUGA